AUGGAAGUUAAUCAAAUGCAAAGCAAAUCCAAUGAAACAGACAAUACAAAUACUUCAAUUGAUAGAGAUGCUGUUCUUGCAAGGGUUGAAUCACAGAAAAGAUUGGCUUUGAUUAAAGCAUGGGAAGAAAAUGAGAAGACAAAAGUAGAUAACAAGGCAUAUAAGUUGCAAUGUGCUGUUGAUAUAUGUGGGAGAAAACUAAGAAAGCAUCUACUCAAGCAAAAAUCAAAAAAAUUCAGGGCAAAACUACAAACUCUAGGAUUAAACAAAACAAAUAGUUACUCCAAAAUUCUGGAAGCACAGUAA